AUGGGAGAUGAAGGUGCAGGUGAACCUUGUGUGGGUAUCCUGGCAGGUGGAGACACAGAUUGUGAGGGUGUCCUUCCCUCAGACACAGCUUCCCUGAGUGAUUCAGAUUCAGAGGACUUUGGGUUCACAGGUGAGGCUGAAGUUGAUAUAAUAUCUCCUGAGGAACUCCUCCCCUCAGAUGAUGUUAGUUGUGGCUCAGAUGAAAGUGGUAACCCUUUGCCCAGCAAGCAUAAAUUCCCUGUCCAGCCAUAUCAUCUGAAAGGCAUGAGCUCAAGCUUCUCCCAGAGCAGCGAGAGCAUUUUUGACUGACUGGAAGGGGCAGCUGAACUGUCAAUGGCUGAAGAUAAUGUUAUUGAUGGAAGAUUCAAGCCUGCUCUGCGACCCAACCUUUCAAGCAAGAUGCUAGCAGAAAGCCUUGGAAGACAAAGACGGCCACCACCACUUCAAAAAAACUCUCCAGCUGUGUCUGACUAUGUCACACACCCAGAACGCUGGACCAAGUACCGCUUGGAAGAAGUUUCAGAAUCUAGUGACAAGACCAACAGGUCAAUUGCCAUGGAGUUCCUAGGAGGCUUGAAGAGCAGACAGAAACAAAGCUCGGUCUGUCCUGAAAGCUACACUCCCUCUUUCAGUCAGGAUCCUUUCAGAUCUGGUGCUAGAAGAAUUGUUUUUACUAAAUCCACCAAGUCUGGUUUAGAUGCAUCAGAAAGGAAGAGAACAGCUGGACAAGGAAGAGGCCAAGAUUAUUUAUGCAAGCCAGGAUUUCAAAGGGAAACUGCAAAAAAAAAAAAAGGUCUAACACUCAGAAUGAGGAUAAGAAAAUUGGACUAG